AUGGUCUCAUUCCGCAACUUCUUUACUGCCGCUGUGGCUCUCUCUGUCCCUAUCGCUGCUCAGAUUUCGCCUGCUCAAGUUGUCUCCAACCUCCGGAUGGUGACACAGAAGAGCCAGGCGCUCCAGGCACCAGCUCAGAGCAUCACUAUCGUUAAUGGUCCUUUGAUUGUCAUUGGCCAGGGACCGUUUCCCCAGAUCAUCGCGGGCUUUACCGACAUUGUGUCCACAGCCACCACUGCUAUCAGCCAGAUGCAAGGAAUGCCUCCCGUUCCAGCCGGUGCGGAUUCUGAUGCUAUCUUCGACGCCUUCCGCGAAUUUGUCCGUGUCCACCAGGCCCUGCUCAACAUACUCAUCGGGAAGGCUGGAUUGUUCCAAACUGUUCCAAUCGUUGGCCAGCCCGUAGCAGCUGUGCUCAGACAAAUCGAGGCUGUUGUUGAUACUAUCGCAUUUAUGUUGAUCGAUACCGUCCAGUCACGUGCUACUGACUUGCAGAACCAAGCGAAUAGUCUCGACGGAACCUUGACCAUCUGCAUCAACAGCUACAGUGGUGUUACCAACGACCUAAAGGCAAAGCGCAGCCUCAGGUUCGCACGCCGCGAGAUCGCCGCGGCCGCUUAA